CGAGGUUCGUAAAUACCACCGAAGCAUAACAUGUCCGCAACACCAAAUGAAUAAUGACUCUUCAACCUACAAUAAUCAUAACGUGCUCCCCCGUCUCAUCGGAUAACCGCCUAGAGUCCUCGUCAAAAGAGUUCAAGAAAGUGGCGACAUGUCUCUGAAACGUACUGGUACCCGAAAGGCCACGGCCGGUGCAAGCAGCCGUGCUAAGGGAUACGAAAUGGUCCAGCAAGGAGUUCAGGUGCUAUACCCAGGUGAAGAUGAAGAUAUUAAAUCAGAUAUUGAGUAUAGCUCCCGCUGCAAUUUAAAGACUCCAUCUAAUAGUUCUAGUAUUGUGUUUGUUCCAGGGCUAGGUGCACACCCGCACGAUAGUUGGAAGUCAACUAAGACCGAGUGGAGUUGGAUGACAAGCGCAGAUGGUAUUCGUGGGGCUUUUCCAAAGGCACGCAUACUUUUAUACACGUAUGAGUCGGCUUGGCAGGGCCAACUGAAAGUCAGUCAGUUCAUGGACAACAUAUCCAAGACUCUAUUAGUGGCCUUGAGAAGCAGACGUGAGAACUGCAAGAAAAGGCCAAUAGUGUUCAUUGGUCAUAGCAUGGGAGGAUUGGUGAUCGCGAAGGCAAUCACCAUCCUGAAUGCGCAGCCAGAACUUUGCCCGGUCAUGUUCGAAACGAUUUCCGCAGCUGUAUUCUUCGGUACACCAUUCGCGGGAGCCCCAGCUGCUGCAUGGGCGUCCAUGUACGCCUAUUGGGCAGAAAAAUGGAACAAGGCCACUACAUCAGAAUUAUUAGAGAUGAUGAAGCCAGGAGACGAAACACUGCGGGAAUUGAAGGACGAGUUUAGGCGAGUUGCAGCCAAAACCAAGUAUAAGAUCGAGUUACUAUGUUUCUGGGAAGAACAACAGACUGAUUUUACGAAGAUAGCCCAUCUUCCAGGACUCUUUGGGUUCACUAAGCGUCUUAUACCUAAAGAUGUCUCUGAGUUCGUCAGUAAAACUUCCGCAACAUUUGAAGGUGACGUGCCGAAAUAUGGUUUGGCAAGUAACCACAGAGAAUUAGUAAAGUUCGAAAGCGCCAAGGACGGGCGAUGGAAUUUCGUGGAAAAUCUUCUGAAGAAGGUGAUUCAUGGAGCCUACCUGACAGCCAAGAAUCGGCUUAGUGCCGCUCGGGAUAUAGAAUGGGACUCUUUCAAGGGUGUCAUGGAAGCACUAGAUAGCGCCCGGGUUCACCCUAGUCGACUUAGAAAAUUCUUGGUCAAGAAUCCUGGCAAGUCAGCACUUAUUACGCAAGAGGAUGAUUAUAUCAAGUGGCUUGGGAAGCCUGCUUCUGGAAAUCAUCCUCCGAGCGAGAGCGCAAAAGUGGAUGGCAUUUGGAUCCGAGGCCCAGAAGGUAGAGGCAAGACCGGUGUGAUGCUUGCCGCUUUGGACGACGUGGAAAACCUUGCCAGAAUUGCCGAGCAAGAGAACGGGGAGCAAAUUCUCUUCGCAUACUUCUUGUGUGAUGCAGGGAAAGAUUAUUGCACUGCUGAGGAUUGUUUAAAGUCCCUCGUUUGGCAGCUCAUUGAGCAGGAGAAAGCUCUGACAACACACGCCAAAGAUUUUGUCAAGGAGAAAGGCAAAAAUGGCGGUGUCAAAUCGCGUGCAACGGCAACCGUUGAGAAUCUAUGGAAGGCAUUACAAGGAAUGCUUGCGGAUGAGUUUGCCGGAAGUCGUGUCUACAUCAUUCUGAGUAACGUGCAUCUGCUCCCUGAGGACUCGGACUCUACACUGAAAUUACUGAAGCUACUGAGUCUCGAGCUUGAAGGGAAUCAAAUUACUGAGCCUAGCCGUGUCAUGACGAAAUGGCUUAUCACAAGUCGACCGACAUACGCCGUUCAGACAGCAUUGGACUUGGAGCGCCUUCGAGUGAUUAAUCUGGAGGACGAAAGGUUUGGUAAUCAAUUCCAGAAAACACUUCAGAAGCAUGCCAAAAGCAAGGUGGAAAAGUUGGAGACGGACAAAAAGUACAACAAGGCGCUUGCGUGGUUCGCCCGUAGUCUGAUUGGGGAACGGGCACAAAACACCUCGUGGAUAGACAUUACAUGUCUUCAGCUCGAAGAGCUGCCAGAAGCAGAAAGCGAACUAAAAGUUCGGAGAAUGCUUGAAGCUAUGCCGCAAGAGCUGGAUGCUUUACUUAAGAAUGCAUGGCUCCAGAUCUUUAGGACAGCGGGGGAGUAUGGAGAGAAUGUGAGAGAGAUGCUUCGAGCUCUUAUACUGACCAUUGAGGAACCAGAAGAAGCGGAACUCGCUGUGCUAUGUGGACAAGACGGAUCUGACGAUGAAAAACAAGAGCUCCGGCGAUCGAUCGAGAAGUGCAAACCUCUCGUCUCGGUCAAACGCACUGUUUGUUUCAUGAACAGUGCGGUAAAAAAACACCUGAUCGAUAACGCCAAGGAACUGCUCGAUUUAUCACCUCAAGAGAUAGCAAGGCAGCAUGGCCUUCUCUCACUGAGAUCGUUGUCAUACCUCAAGCACGUAUUCGGGUUUCCAGAGACUGAGGCACCUCCCACAUCAGACAGUGUUGAUGGAGAUAAGGAAGGUUCAGAUGCCGAUGCAGCUGACUCUGAUGACGGGAGUGAGGAUGGCGUUUUGGAUAUAGACACAGAGUCCGAGGCUGGAGGAGACUUUGUUGACUACGAUGAAAAUUCGAACAGCGAUGAUGAUGAUGUUGAUGAUGAUGACUGGGAUGAGGAGUCAGAGCCUGAUGCCGACCCAGAAGCCAGAAUUCUGGAAGAUCUGAAUGUCUUCCCAUAUAUGGUAAAGAAUUGGCUCAAGCACGGGAGCAAGUCGACCGUAGGAUUUGCCGAUGAUCUGAGUAUUGACGAUGAGUUUUGGAAAUUUGACUCUUUAUUCAGGCGUCGAUGGCUGGUGGAAUACAACAGGAAUACGAAGGAGUUCGAGAAUGAGGAUAUCAGGGGCAUGAAUGCGCUGCAUCUAGUCGCUGCAAUUGGUUUCAGGCAAUUACUCAUAGCGCUCAUCGAGAACGGACACGAGGACGAAGUAGAUGGCCUCGACGGAUUGAAAAACACGCCGCUCUGUUUUGCUUGUCAUUUUGGCAAUUCAGAUAUGGUUGAAGAGUUACUCGACAGGAAAGCAAACAUCAACGCUGGUCAGGAGGAGAAAGAAGACACGCCUCUCCAUCUGGCUGCGGAGGAAGGACAUGUCGGUGUCAUGAAGAAACUGAUAUUGAGAGGAGCAAGCCUGAACGCAUACAGUCAGUACUCAGGACUUGUGAUACACUCAGCAAUAUCCUCUGGAAAUUUUGAUGCCGUGGAACUUCUUGUGCACCAUGGAGUCUCAUUGUCUAUUGACCAUGACAAUCUCGAAACGCCGCUCGAACAAGCUGCCUCGCUCUCUGACGUGUCGAUGCUUGAAUACUUGAUGGAAAAGUAUGCAGAUCAGCUUUCUCCCCAGGAAUACAGCAAAGCACUGAUUGCAGCUGCUGUAGCUGGAAGUCUGGAGAUAUUGAACAAGCUGUUGCCUUUUGAGCACAGCGAGAAUGACUAUCAAUCCGCUCUCGAUGAGGCUGCAGGAGAAGGAAAUUGGGAAAUCACCAAGGUGUUACUCGAAAAAAGAGCAAAUCUUAGUUGCGACAAUAUAUUUUACAAGGCGGCAACGACGACUGAUGACCUAGAGGUCCUCGAAGCACUUUGGGAAUAUACGAAUGGGAACAUCUCAGCUGACACCAUCGAUCAGUCAUUAUACAAUACCACGGACAACAAGAAGACCGAUACUGUUCAAUUGUUGCUAAUGAAAUUUGGGGCAGAUGCCAAUGCUCAGGGCGACGACUAUGGAAAUGCCCUUACGGCCUCAGCAUAUGACGGCACACUCGAUAUUCUGAAGCUGUUGCUAGAUCAUGGCGCGACCGUCAAUUCUGACGACGGCUGGGCUUUACAAACAGCUGCAACGGAGGGACACGUCGAUGUUGUGAAGGAAUUGUUAUCUCGGGAUGCAAAUGUCAACGCACGUACAUCCAAUCCGGGAUUUCCACAACAGACCGCACUUCAAGGAGCUUGUGAGCUAGGCCGUGCGGAAAUAGUGGACAUCUUGCUUGAACAUGGUGCUGAUCCAAAUCUUGGUGGAGGUGAAGACGCCUACCCCAUUAUCACAGCAGCAAGGAAUGGCCAAGCCGAAAUUAUAGAUGAUGGUUCUACUGCUUUGAUAGCUGUGGCCAGAAAAGUCGCGAGUCUUGAGCCACUGCAGCAACUUCUGGACGCCGGUGCGGAAAUUGACGCUACGGAUAACAACGGCGAUACAGCCCUUAUUGCAGCCGCAUCUGUCAACGACGACGAGUUUGUCAACUUCUUACUAGCCAAAGGUGCCGACGUUAUGCACAAAAACAAAGAUGGCUUGAAUGCUAUGCAGGUGGCCUAUGAUACGGACAACACUGGAGAGACCUUAAGUGUCCUAAUCAAUCAUGUUUCCAUCAUAUUGUCAGGAGUCAAGAAGGCCAUCCAGACGGGCAAUCGGGCCAUCAUUAGCGUUGCUAAUGAUGCAAGGGCUGCAGCACGGGAGGCCAACAACAACGAUAUCAAGGGUGAUGGGCCACAAGCAGGAUCAGAUUAUCCAACCGAUGCAGAUGCAACUUCUAGCAGGUCCAAAUCUGAAAAAGAUGAAUUCGAGGAUUUGCUUGCAGAACAUGAUUCAAAAAGCUACCCAGAAAAUCGUUUCCUAAAAGAUACCGACUCAAGUCAAAAGAACGACGAACUCAGUCAUGCUGAAGUGAUGUCAAAUACUCAAGAUAUCAGGCGAGAAGGCAAAGAUUCCGAGAUGGAUGUUGACCACGGCACUCAAUUGGAGCCCGCUGACCAGACAUACACUAUUCAAAACCUUGAAUACUCCGAUAUCAAGGCUUCAAGCAAAUUCAGCUCAUCAAGUGUCCUUCAGCAUCACCCGGUGCACAUUGACAUUCAUACUGGACCUACCGGUGGCCCUGGGUAUCCAGAUACCGCAGCCGCCACGGAACCGGGAAUGCAAAACGGUACCGAUCAAUCGGUGCAUCAUAAUCCAUCCCAGCGGCUCAACACUUGGCAUCAGCAACCAGGAACAGAUUACAACAUCCACCAUGGGCCUAGCUACGAGAAAUAUCAACAAGUCAACGAAACCAGCCAAAUUCUUGCCGUGAUGCCCCAAUUGGACCGAGAGGCUCCUGUGAGAAGGAAGCCAGCUCCAACGGCAUAUAUUGGUGUGCACCACUCGCAAGACUUGGCCAACAUUAAUAACACAAUUAGCCAAGCAGUCAAUCCGUCUGAGCACCGACCAAGCAGCUUCGCUGCGUACAAUCCAGAAACUCGUCAGCCAGUCUCCAAGUCCUCAUCGCAAACUUCUUCGAGUCAAGCGCAAGUAUUUGGUCAAUACCAGUCAGCUCAUCGACCACCGGGAAUCCAACAGUCCUUUGAGCCAGGGUCGCUCACGGUACCCCAUACACAAAGCCAAGCGCGGGAUCGGCCUGUUGAGGAUCAUCACUACGGGGAAGGUUUGCGCAGCAGCUCCGACCAGAUGCACCGUGGAAAUCAUAUUGUUCACCACAUCCCCGGGCAUCCGACACAAACUCACAACUCUUUCUCCCAGCAAAAAAAUGAGUAUCCACCAAGACCGCAGCCAAUACAAGCAUACAGCGCUCCUCCUCAGCUGCAACAGCAGCAGCAACAAAUUCGUUCUGGCAACGAUACGUAUUACGCCAUGCCACCAGACUCAAGGUAUCCGAUAAGUUCCAGCAGCCAGCUCUAUCAGAACGCAAACAUUUCAGAGCAAACUCAGUAUGAGUGGCCAGAUCAGCCCAAAUCUCGUACGCCUAGCUUCUUUGGUGUCAAGAACACCUUCAAUCAAGCGAGGGGCAAACUGUUCAGCACAAACAAGAGUGACGACAGCGGUCGUUAAUAUUCAGGGGGACCCGUAGUCGGAGACGUGUCAAGGUUGUAAGAAGCAGUGUCCAACAUAGAUAUUGUACGGACGUAUGAUAAAGCAAGGUGCUAGAGAAUUUACGACGUAAAAAUCACCAAUUCAUACUAAUCAUUAUAUUAUGUAUUGGUGAUUCUAAUAUGGCAUGGAACCGAUGGGCUAGGAUAACAUAUGUUUCCAUUUCGAGUGUUGCGUCUUGCUUAACAAUGUAACUAAUCCGGCAAUCUUGACCUCCCCUUGAGGGUGGUAGAACAAAGAACCACAUUAUGAAGUCUGGGCUACAGUUGUUCGUACCAGUAUAGAAAGCGCAAUGUAUUGUAGGGAGAGGCGGCUGGCACAUGCCAUAAUGAUUAAGUUUGAAAUGGCUACACAC